CUUCUUCUUCCUUUUUUUUUUCCGAUUGAACCAGAAAUUGGAAAUUGGGUUGUGCAACUUUCUGUUUCUUUAGUUGUUUUCUGCAAUUGGGUUGUUUUGAGUACUGAUAGUUAUUUUGUGAGUGAUAAAAGUGAGAGUAUUGGGUUUAGAGUUUCGUCUAUGCGAUGGUUUUCUCCUUUGCGAUUUGGAUUAUACAAUUCUUCUGGGAACUUGCUUGAAGGGUCAUGAAAAUUUUGUAGGAUGAAUUGGUUGAAUUUUUUUUUACCAUUAGGUGCUCUAGUUCCGUUUCUUUACUCUGAUUUUUGUGGGUUCUUUAAAUUGUAUAGCCAACUUAUUACCUUUGGUAAGUCUAAUUUAAUAUUUUGAAAAUUUAGAUGAAAAAGAAACAGUGAUGUAAAUUAACUUUGUUAAAGUAUUUUCCGUGUCAAACAAAUUUUCUGAUGAAAACGUUCCAUUGAGUUCUGCCGCUGAAUCUAUUUAGUCAAUAGCACUCUAGUUGGAGCGAUGGACUCGCUCGUCGAAGCUCUUCGCUGUCAAUGCUUGCAUUUAUUCUGUCGCUAACUACUCCCUCCAAAAUAAGGUCAAUGUUUUGAGCAUUAUAAUAUAGGCUCUAUUUUGAUUCUAGUUGUAAUGUAAGUUUUAUUUUGAUUGAAAAAGAAUAUUUUUGAUGGAGCGGAAAGUAAUGUUCUUCACUAAAUUAUUUAAUCUCAGUGCUGGUUUUUGAUUAUGCUGAAGAAAAAUAGCAUUUCAUGUUCUUGCGCUUACCUGUAGGUUCUUUAGUUAUCCUUAGGAUAUGGAUGAACUUCAUACUUAAAUGUGUCCAAGUCCUGUUGGAGGAAGUACCGGUGGUUAGGGGUUAAGUUGUGUGGUGUUAACCUUUUCAGCUACUUGAUCACCACUUUCUUUAGAGAUUCAUUUUCUACCAGCAUAUAACUCGGAGAGAUUUUCUAUAGAUGGUAGUUGGAAGUUUAGAAUGUUGACUUAGAAUUAUCAGAAGAAAAGCUCGACUUAAAUAGCAUAAUUUUAAAUGAUGCACUACUCUUUCGUCUUUCAUAAUGAUAACGAUACUCUAAAAAUUUUCUUUCGUGAGUUACUCUUCCUUGUUAUCAAGCGACUAACCUCAAAUGUUCUUAUAACAACAGUUCUAUCUCUGACUCUCACCCUCAUAUUCUACUAAUAUCAUAGUAUAUGUCAAAAAUGAUGUUCAUCAGAUCAAACAUAUCAUGUCUACUAAGACAUAAUCUAUAUCUUGUGAAGGUUAAUUUAAUACAUGUGUCGUUGAUGAUUUUCAGAGGAGUGGUUAUUUUAGGAUUCAUAUUUCCGAACCAACUUAUAAUUUGGAAUCGAGGAACAGUUGGAAUUUUUAUAAUGAUAAAUCAUUGAUUUUACACGAUGUUUAUUGUUCAGUCUUCUAUAUUACCCUAAUAUUAUACUCGGGGGCAAAAACCUAGCUCAUAAUUCUUUUUCUGUCUCAACAGUGUGAUUCCGGCUCAACAAUAGCAGACAGUCACUUUAGAAUGAAUGAAGAGUCCAUGUGAUAAUUUCAUACUAAUAAUUAAUAGUAAUAAAAUAUUCAUUAGUAUAGCCAAUUAAUUAGGUUCAGGAAAUCUAAGUAUAAGAUAUCUAUAGAACCAGAUGUGAUAGUCCCUCAAAGUUGAUCAGCAACAGAGAUUUGUGUGCUGCCUCAAAGUUCUGGAGCUACUACUAAGCCGUUUCAAGAGUCUCCGUAAAGAAGUUGCAAAAGGUCGUUGAGUUUGAGGUUUUUCAAUUGUUCAAAAACAAGAUGGGGGGAGUGUUUUUAGGCAUGCCAGGAUCGUGGGCAGGUCAUAUUCACGAAGCUGCUGAUCAUUAUACAACAAAAAUCGGUGGACUUCCUGAUUGGCCUAUUCCUCUUCCUACCACAUGUGUUGAUUUGCUCAAAUGCUGUGCUUGUAAAACCGAUUUAUGUCUUCUUGCACAGGUUUAUGCUCCAAUUUCAAAGAAAAAUUUGAACAUUGAAGAGCGUGCAAUCUAUGUUUUUGGUUGUUUGACGCCAGAAUGUGGGAGCGGUCCUGUAAGCUGGAGAGCUAUUAGAAUCCAAAAGUCUCUAAGAAGUGAAGGUUUAAAGAGUCAGUCUUAUAAGGAUGUCGCUUCACCUGUAUCUUCUGUAUCAGAUUCAAAGAAAGACCGGAAGAAGGAUAUAUGGACAUUUGACUCUUCGGAAGAGGAUGAUGAUGAUGAAGAUGAGGAUGACAUUGACCUUGCUGAGUUGGCUAGGGCGCUUUCUGAAGCUGCAACCGUGGCUUUUCACUCCAAGAAACAAAUCUGUGGUCAUCAAGUAACGGCAGAAACUUCAACCCCUAACCGCGCGAUUAGAGCAACUGAUGAAAAAACACCAGUCAUUCCGUGCUUCUAUAUAUAUGCUGAGGAAGAGAAAUUUUCCAAAAAGGAUGUUUCUGUUAGUUCAAAAGGCAUCUUAUCUCCAAUCAAGGACAAAGAAAAUGAUCCUGAUACUCCAGAAGAAACAUGGGAGGUGGAAGAUUACGAGUAUGAUAGGGCAUUGAAUGCUGACCGGAUUUACCUUAAGUUCAAAAAGCGAUUAGAUGCUUAUCCAGAGCAAUGUUUCAGAUACUCAUAUGGUGGAAAGCCGCUUCUGGCUUCUGGAAAUGCUGUUGAUCCGGGGACGUGCAGGCUCUGUGGUGCGUCACGUUACUAUGAGAUGCAGCUGAUGCCGCCAUUGCUAUAUUUUCUGCAGGAAGCAGUCAGCGAGAAAGAGAGACCUGUAUUGGAUAACUGGAAUUGGAUGACUUUAAUAGUCUAUACUUGCUCACAGAAUUGUUCAGAGUACCAUCAGAAUAACUCUAGUGAGGAUGGCUGGAUUGUGGCUGAGGAAGCUGUUGUCGUACAAUAUGAAUAGCAUCGCUUAGAUUAAGCUAAAGAUUGCGUAAGAUUUUGUGAUCUUUUAGUAUAUUUUCGUCGUACUUGGUCUAUACUAGUAGGAUUUUCAGUCAAUAGAGCCGAGGGUGGCUUUCGCUUUGCUUAUAUUAUUUUCGAGUUUGCUGGUAGUUGGUAAGAGUUUCAUAUACUUGUCAAAUGUCCCUAAUAAAUUGGGUAGGCAAUACAAUUAUAUCUGUUGUUUUAAACAAUGCCGAUUCUGCGUGGAUUCUUUAUUUGUAACAAUCUCCAGAAUUUGGUGUGAUUUUUCCUAA